AUGGAUAUUGACGAUGAUAAUUCAGAAGGGACAUCGAAGCUUGCAAAUGAACUGAAUCACUCAGCUGAAAAUAUUUCACAAUCACUGCGUAAGUGCCUAAACAAAUGGAAUAUACUUGAAAAAGUUAACUACGUGGUUACAGACAACGCUGCUUCAAUGCUUAAGGCUUGCGAACUUCUUGAGAAACAAAAUUUACCCAGGUUUGCACAUUCCAUCAAUCUUGUAGUGCAAGAUGCUUUGUCGACGGAAAAGGUCAAAGUAAUUCUAACAAAAUGCAAACGUAUAGUGGCCUACCUAAAAAGCAGCACUAUUGCUUAUGCUAGAUUAAGGAAGGAGCAGGGGGAUGGAAAACAGUAUAGUCUUAUUCAGGAAGUGCCUACAAGGUCGAAUAGCGCGUUUGCUAUGAUGCAACGAAUUUUAGUCAUCAAAGAUGCUAUCUUUUCAGUACUUUUAAGCACACCAAAAGCACCACAGGUUUUUACAGCAGACGAGGUAGAGCAACUUGAAGAUUUGUGUUUAUUAUUGGGACCAUUCAACGCAUAUAAUUCCUCUAGUCUGGGGUUUAGUUUGCACGAUGUUGAAGUCGAAAUUCAAAUUGAAAACAGCUGUGGGAUUAUACACAUCGCUUCAAGUCUGGCUACCCUAUUAGACCCGAGGUUUAAAAGUGAAGGCUUUCGGUCUGCUCAAAAUGUAUCACAAGCAUUUGCUGUACUGGAAAAUGAAUUAGAUGAGGUGAAAAGAAUUACUGUGUCGACAUUGGGGGGCGACAUACAGGAACCGUCAACAUCUAAAAGUAUGGAAGUACCUGAAAUUUACGAAUUUAUGAAAGAAAAACUUUCCUGCAAAAUCAAAUCAAAUAGAGCCGAUUCUAUUAUCGCUUUACGUGAAUAUGCGGAAAAGCCCAAUGAACCUUUAAAUUCAGACCCAUUGGAGUUCUGGAAGACUAGAACGUCUGAUAUGCGACAUUUACAAAUUUUAGCACUAAGGUACCUGUGCAUUCCAGCUACUUCAAGCGAAUCGGAACGAAUGUUCAGCAAGGCUGGGGCCGUAAUAUCCGACAGGCAUACUAGACUUAAGGAAAAAAAUGUAAGCAUGCUCCUUUUUAUAAACAAAAACUCAUGGAUGAUCUCGUAAAUACGUAUUGUUAAACAAGUUCGUUGUUUUCAACUUUUCUGUUAA